GGUUUGGAGUUGCCUGGACUCUCGCUGUUUAACUGCAUUUAUCCGCGAGGACUGAUCACAACACGGAUUAAAAAUAUCUAUUAGUUUUUGUAAAUCAUCAGCCGUUUAUUGUUUUUGUGUUUCGGUAGAGAAAAGAAGUUUUACAUUACUAAUCUUUUUCUCAGCAGGGAGACUCGGACUUUUGCGAGCAAAACGAGUUGGGAUAAAAGGACUACCCACAGCCUGCACGCACGCACGUACUUUUCAGACUUGUUUGAGAGCAACAAACAAGAAAAUAUCUGUCAUAUUUAAGAAAAAAUAGCAUUGCUUUUCUAAUGUGCAUACUUUCCACACUUUUGCGCACUGUUGUUGUCUCAGGAUUGUACAGAGGAGACGGUAGAGAGUGGAGGCUUUUCGUCUCGUAGAAGUUUGGUACAAAUGUGCUGAAACUUGUUCGCUGAAUGCUGGUUGUUCUUUUGGAUUACCUGGUACUGCGGGCGGCCGACUUGUUUUGUCUGGGAAUUAAACUUUCAGGAAAGCUUUUUUUUUUUUUUUUUUCCAACCAAAAUCUCAGUUUUGGAGUCUCCAUUACCAGAAGCAUCGAGUGUCUGUUCCUCUGUAGUAGCCACCAAGUGAAGCAGUAUCCAUGCCGUGCUGCUGAUGCCCACGUCUGAAUGGAGAAGCGGUCGCAGAGAAGCCAACGGUCGUAGCCCCUUGUUCAGGAUGCUGACGGGGCAUUGUCUACUCCUGCUCCUGGCUUUAUGCACACAAUUUCUGAGCAUGCACUGCCGACUGGCCAGCACAGAUGAAGAAACACAAAGUGAACCGUACACUCUCUUACUGGGGGACCCUCUGGCCCUGAGCUGCUCAACAAAGGACACGGACCAUGUGGUGAAUUGGACCAAAGACAAUGUGGUGAUAGUUGACGGUGAACACACUCACAUUCGGAAUGGACAACUGGAGAUUGAGACUGUGGAGCUGACAGACUCUGGGCUCUACACAUGUACCACCUUUGGCAACCACAGCCUCUACUUCAAUGUUACAGUUGAUGCUAUGGCUUCAUCAGAAGAUGAUGAUGAAGAUGAGGAGUCUUCAUCAGAGGAAGCAAAGUUAUUGGGCAGUCAGAAGAAGAUGCCUAUGCCUCCUCAAUGGGUUCAACCAGGGAAAAUGGAGAAAAAGCUCCACGCUGUGCCAGCCAGUAAGACUGUAAAGUUUCGUUGUCAGGCCAGUGGUAACCCCACGCCAACACUCAAAUGGUAUAAGAACGGCAAGGAGUUCAAGAGGGACCAUCGCAUAGGAGGAUUCAAGGUGCGUGACCAGGUGGGCACCAUCAUCAUGGAGUCAGUAGUGCCCUCAGACAAAGGCAACUACACUUGUGUGGUGGAGAAUCAGUACGGCAGCAUCAACCAUACCUACCAAUUAGAUGUAGUCGAGCGCUCUCCUCACAGGCCGAUCCUUCAGGCCGGGUUGCCUGCAAACCGUACAGCAGUGGUGGGCAGUGAUGUAGAGUUUGAAUGUAAAGUGUUCAGUGACCCUCAGCCUCACAUACAGUGGCUCAAACACAUUGAGAUCAAUGGCAGCCGCGUGGGUCCCAACGGCCUCCCAUACGUCCGCGUGCUUAAGCAUUCUGGGGUCAAUAGUUCGGAUGCUCAGGUGCUGACCCUCUACAAUGUGACUGAGGAGGAGGGCGGGGAAUAUACAUGUAAAGUGUCCAAUUAUAUAGGAGAAGCCAAUCAGUCGGCCUGGCUGACUGUCACCAGAUAUGAGCCCUCAGCAGUACCCACUAAUCCUCCAGCCAACCACACGUACCUAGAGGUGGUCAUCUACUGUGUGGGCUUUUUCUUCAUUAUCAUCAUGGUUGUCAUCACCAUUAUCGUCAAGAUCCGCACCUCCUCCAAGAAAAGCGACUUCAGUGGCCAGAUGGCUGUGCACAAGCUGGCCAAAAGCAUCCCUCUGCGCAGACAGGUCUCUGUGGAGUCGAGCAACUCCAUCCACUCAGGAGUGAUGCUGGUGCGCCCAUCUCGCCUCUCCUCCAGCGGCUCCCCCAUGUUAUCAGGAGUGUCUGAAUACGAACUGCCCCAAGACCCACGCUGGGAACUGCCCCGUGACAGACUUGUUCUUGGAAAGCCCUUGGGUGAAGGCUGCUUUGGUCAAGUGGUGAUGGGAGAGGCUCUGGGUCUGGAUAAGGAGAAACCGAACCGGGUGACCAAAGUGGCUGUCAAAAUGUUGAAAGCUGAUGCAACAGAGAAGGACUUGUCAGACCUGAUUUCUGAAAUGGAGAUGAUGAAGAUUAUCGGGAAGCACAAGAACAUCAUCAAUCUUCUUGGCGCCUGCACUCAGGAUGGUCCUUUGUAUGUGAUUGUGGAGUACGCCUCUAAAGGGAAUCUGCGCGAGUACUUGCGAGCCCGCCGACCUCCGGGCCUGGAGUACUGCUAUAACCCAGACCAGGUCCCAGUGGAAAACGUGUCCAUUAAAGACCUGGUAUCCUGCGCCUACCAAGUGGCUCGAGGCAUGGAGUACCUGGCCUCUAAGAAGUGCAUCCACCGAGAUUUGGCCGCUCGUAAUGUUUUGGUAACGGAAGACAAUGUGAUGAAGAUAGCAGACUUUGGCCUGGCGAGAGAUAUUCACCACAUCGAUUAUUAUAAAAAGACCACUAAUGGUCGUUUACCAGUCAAGUGGAUGGCUCCUGAGGCUCUGUUUGACCGGAUAUACACGCACCAAAGUGAUGUCUGGUCGUUUGGGGUGCUACUCUGGGAGAUCUUCACCCUUGGGGGCUCUCCAUACCCGGGGGUCCCAGUGGAGGAGCUGUUCAAGCUGCUGAAGGAGGGUCACCGCAUGGACAAGCCGUCAACGUGUACCCAUGAGCUAUAUCUGAUGAUGAGGGACUGCUGGCACCCUGUUCCUUCACAAAGACCAACAUUCAAACAGCUCGUGGAGGACUUGGACCGUUGCUUGGCCAUGUCGUCAAACCAGGAGUAUUUGGAGCUCUCUGUUCCCCUGGACCAAUAUUCGCCCAGUUACCCCGACACGCGCAGCUCUACCUGUUCAUCUGGUGAGGACUCAGUCUUCUCCCACGAGGCCAGUGCAGAGGAGCCCUGUCUGCCAAAGUUCCCCCCUCACUCCAACGGGGCAGCCAUCAAGAAACGCUGAUACCUCAUCUCCAAACAGAACAUUUUAUCCAGCUCUCACCCACGUCCAUACUCCCAGUAAUGAAGCUAUAACUGAUGUACUGUAAAAAAAAAAAAGGAGUUUAAGAUUCCAAGAUGAACAUUGGACAAAUCACAUGGACUGAAGACUGAAAUAGCCAUUUCUUCUGUCUUUGGGGGGGAUUUGGCUACCAUGCAAAAAGGGCACUUUGAUUUUGACUUAUGCUUGGGCAUUGUCAAAAAAGAGCAGACUUUCAGGCAACGCUCUGGCAUUCCUCUGUUGGAAAAUCAAAAGACUGAUUCUAAAUAUAUCAGGUUUUGAUCUAGUUCUGUUUAUCUGCCAUUGGUCUGUUGAUAGUAAAGGACUCCAAACUGCUUUUCACUUGAGUCCUUCAGUAACAUUGUGUAAAUACAGUUAGAAAAUUAUAAAUAUGAAUAUAUAUUUACACUUUACUCUUAUUUUUAUUACCAUAAUUGAUUUAUUUCUUUUGUACAAGGAUGUGUCCGUUUUUGAAUCUAUAGUCUAUGGGGCGGCAGUUACGUGAUAAGAAUAUAUGGCCAGUUUUCAGCUUGAUACCCCCUUUUAAACUUACCAAACUGCGUAAUCAACUAUGGAAAAAAUAUGUUUUGAUUUUUAAUAAGCUAUCAUUUCAACUGCUUUUAACAACACCAUUUGUAGAAUAUUGUAAAUCAUUGUCCAGAAAUCUCCAUCUACAUACCACUUACCACAAAAUAUGCAUUGUUUUUUGUGUAUGUCUGUCUGUGUGAAUGAUAGCAAGAAGUCAUUUUCUCCAGUCAACAUCAUGCACUUAACAUUACCGUGCAUGGCUUUAUAUGAUUGAGUUUACCUCCUAUUGUAAAUGCUAUGACAAGAAUAACAUUACAUUCACUGCCAUAUAACUUCUGACGCAGGGUUGACAAAAGCGCAUGUCAUCGUAAAAGGAUUACAUUAAAUAAAAUGCUAUUGAAAAACAAACUGCUAAAGCUUUCAGAGUUUGAAGUCCAUAAACAUGCCUAUAACUAUUAGAUAUGCAUGUCUCUAGUGUAUUUUAUUUUUAUGAAGAUGAAAUAUGAGCUCCAUUUACGCCAUAGUACCUGAUUAGAUAUGGUAAUGCUUCGCUGACAUCAUAUGCCCAACUAAGCCAGCGUCACCAGCCAAAGCAGUAAACAUGUAAUUUAUUGGAGAGUGGGUGACUUGGCAAGAGCUAAGGCUACACUUAAAACUAUCAGUCCGACCAACCUUGGCGCUUGUGUCCGUCUCUGGCCUUUUGCCAUUGGUUGAUGUAUCACCUGGAGUUUGGUCUCUAUGCAACGGGACAAAAAGACACUAAAUGAAACUGGUCCUUGUCCCUGAAAGACACUAUUUCUUUAGGCUUAAAACUGUAUUGUAAUCCUGAGACUUCCUAAUUUAGCUCUAAAAAUUGCAUUGUUGCUGCACACUAACUAAAAAACCACAGCAAAGGUGUGUGCCAGACCUUUGGGCAACAGAAGAUACAUGGAGAAAAUUACCUUAUUGUUGUGGAAGACAUAUUUUUAAGGCUUGGAAACGGGUAGUAAUAAAAGUCUCUUUUGUGUGCUGUGGCUGAGGUGACGAUGGAGAGCCCUAUAUAAAAAUAGUACAAAUGGAAGCACCUCUGCUGUAUAACCUGCUAUUAGCUGUAUGGUAUUAUCACUUCUGACAGAUGGCACAUGUCAAGUCGAAUGGGGCAAAGGUUUUCUGCCAUUGUCUUAUGUAGUAACAGCCCUCCUCUGUUCAAGCGAAAACAUCUAUUUUUGUCAGGAAUGUGCUUGUUUUUUGUUUAUAGGCUCUAUGUUUAGGGAGUUGAGUGGUGAUUAAAUCAUUAGCAGUGGAGGGGAUGACAGGAGAAGUGGUUGAUUUGUGUUAUUUUGGUGGAGAUUGCUGGCUGAUGAGUGAAGUAUGUAAAUUGAUUUGGGAAUACAGGAAUCUUGGGCAUCUGAGGCUAAAGUACUGAGAACACAGUGGCACGGACGAACUUAAUGGCCUCCAUUGUGCC